AUGGAGUGUCUGAACCCUGUAUGUUGUUCUGUUCCAGCUGUGCGUAUUGUUCCAGGCCGCCUGCAGCUCUUUGAGUACUCGUCUGUCUCCUUCAGCUGUGAGGGCUUCAAUGUGUCAGCUGGCUGGAGAGUGAGGAACCUGAAGGAAUUUCUUAGAAAAUGUUCCAACAGCACAAAGACAUCAACUGUGACCUGCACCAUUGACUAUGCCUAUUCAUCAGACAGUGGAGAAUACUGGUGUGAAGGUCCUGGAGGACCAAGAAGCAAAGCUGUCAACAUCACUGUCUCUGCUGGUCCAGUGGUUCUGGAGAGUCCGGUCCUUCCUGUGAUGGAGGGAGAUGCUGUGACUCUGAGCUGCAGAACCAAGACAGAUGCCUCUCACCUCACAGCAGAUUUCUAUCAAGAUGGCCGCCGUAUCGGGACCAGUUCCACCAGAAACAUGACCCUAGAAAGUGUUUCCACGUCCCAUGAAGGACUCUACAAGUGCAGCAUCUCUGGAGCUGGAGAAUCACCACAGAGCUGGCUGGCUGUCAGAGGUACAUGUUGA